CCAAAAUCAAAUUCAUGGAAACCGAUUCCAAACCCAAAAUUCAAAUUCCAAGCAAUAUGAAACGAUCACCCUCUUCCAACUCCGAUUCGUACUCUCACUUCGAAUCCCCCCACUCCUUUGUCUCCCCGGUUAACUCGCCGGGAACGUAUCCACAGGUCGAGAACUCCAUAGCGAUCGUCGCUGUCGAUAAGUUCACUCAGUGCAGUCCGCAGCCGUCCCCUCUUUCGCAGGAGAAUGCUGCGUAUCCUCAGGCUAAGGCUCAGCCACAGACUCAGAAUCCAGCAAUGAUGUUUAACAGGAGAGAGGAGGGGCCGCCGGUCGUGGGAAAGGUGAAGCCUGAUGGGAGAUCGGCAGUGGUGGGGUCGUGGAGAUCAAGGAGGGAGGAUAUGAUGAAGGUCACUGAGUUAGGGUUCAGAAUUAGUGAGGUCGUCUUGUGCUUGAUUUCGUUCUCGGUUAUGACCGCUGACAAGACUCAGGGGUGGAGUGGCGAUUCCUAUGAUCGAUACGGAGAAUACAGGUAUUGCCUUUCUGUGAAUGUUAUUGCAUUUGUAUAUUCGGGAUUCCAAGCUUAUGAUCUAGUCCACUAUCUGGUUGUGGGCAAACAUGUGAUCCGCCAACAUGUCUGCCUUCAUUUCAAUUUCUUCAUGGAUCAGGAAGACUUGCAUUGUUGGUUCAACUGGCAGAUAUUAGCAUAUCUUCUGAUAUCAGCAUCUUCAUCAGCAGCCACCCGAGUUAAUGCCUGGCAAUCUAAAUGGGGCAAAGAUGAGUUCACAGAGAUGGCUAGUGCUUCAGUCACGAUGGCUUUCCUAGCAUUUAUUGCCUUUGCUAUUAGCUCCCUUAUUUCUGGUUACAACUUAUGCAACAAUGGUUCAAUUUGAUCUCAGAGACGGUUUCAGAUCGUAUCUAAUAAUGUUGCGGGGAAACAAAUUAAGAAAAUGUCAAAUGCAAAUCAUUUUUUACGCUGUACAGAUAGGGAUAGCCAAAUUUCUUUCAACUUUUUUUUUCUCCCGUCUCUCUUCCUUUUUGUUAGAAAAAGUAUCAUUUGGAUUUUCUGAUGUAUAUGAAACUACUUUACACAGCCAUCAAUGAUUAGGGCUGAGCAGAUUUUGGUUCAAACUGAAAAACUAAACUGAAUUGAAUCAAUUUGAUUCAAUUGGUUCGGUUUUAAAAUUCAA